AUGGCACAGCAGUGCAGCGUGGGUGGCAUAGUGAUGUUUGAUAAUUCUCCCUGUGGAUUCUCACCCGUGACUAAAGAGAAGCUGGUGACACUGCCUUUGGACAUCCAAGAGGAGAAAAGUCUUUACAAACUUCAACUAAGCAACCCUGGUCAAAAAGAGCAUCUGAAUUCAGCUGAGGAGAGCUCUAGCAAAGGCAAUGAUGCCUCUACACGUCUCGGCUUUCUGAAGCAGCUCUGGGAUGUUGUUGAAAGUGAUCAGUUUGAGUCCAUUCGGUGGGGGGACAAUAUAAAGUGUGUAGUGAUUUAUGAACAAUUGUUCAAAGAGGAAGUACUAGUAAGGAGAGGACACCUGAAAAGUUUUGAAAGCGAGAGCAUGAAAAGCUUCACUCAUCACCUCCAUCUGGACAGAUUCACCAGAAAGCUUUGGGGUUUUCCAAAAUCUGGCUCGCACAAUGACUUGCUAGCAGAAGAAACAGCUAGAGACUCUAAGGUGGAGGCAACUACCCUCAGCACAAUAAAGACAUGGACCAGUUGGAGUGAAUCCAGAGGAGGGGCACGAAGAUGA